GCCGGUUUUCGAGUUUUUUUUUUCAAAUAAAUAACAAAAAGCAUGACGCUAAAACAUGCUAAUUUUAUUGUAAACCCUUGUUGGUUCUCAUAACCAAAAAUUAUACAAUAUUAUCAAUUAUCAUUUAUAUCGUGCAACAGCCACGAUGCCGGUCCUGCAUUAUCGUGCAUGGAAAUCCACUUGACGCGCGCGCGUGUUUUGCAUAUUAUUGUGUACUUAACUCAUCAUUAUCAUUUAUAUAUAUGAUAUUUAUCUACCUAUACAACAAUAAUACAAGUAGACUUGUUGACUGGAUUGUCGCACACUCGCACGGCCAACGUGUAUUAUUAUCGUUUUUUCCUAUAGAGAAUAUUAUACCCUUCUCACGUUUGCUUGCGAUCCAUUGCAAUAGUAGUACUACGCUUACAUUUAGUAGAAUUCGACCGCAAUCGCCAUUUACACCUAUUUAAUAGGUUUUAUGAAAAUGGUCCAUCAAAAAAACUCCAAAUUGUUGGUGGUCUGCGGCCCGUCAGGCUCCGGCAAAUCCACGUUGUUGUUGAAACUGUUCGAUGAGUUUGCCGACAAAUUUGGCUUCUCAGUGUCGCACACCACUCGUCCUCCGCGUAACUUUGAAGUGGACGGCCAACACUAUCAUUUUACCACCAAAGAAGAAAUGCAAGCGUGCAUAGAUCGGGGCGAAUUCCUCGAGCACGCAGUUUUUUCCAACAACAUGUACGGCACUAGCUUAAGCGCUGUUCAGGCCGUGCUGAAGAGCGGUAAAGUUUGUGUACUCGAUAUUGACACGCAAGGUGUGAUGCAAGUAAAAAAGAUAACUUCCCUAAAACCUGUCUACGUAUUCAUCAAGCCUCCCAGCAUCCAAGAGUUAGAAGCCCGACUACGUAAACGAGCAUCAGAAUCUGAAAGUACCCUCAAAUCGAGAUUGUCUACAGCAGAACAAGAAAUAAAUUAUGGGGAAACGCCGGGAAACUUCGAUUUUGUUAUAGUAAACGAUUCGUUGGACAAAACAUAUGCCGCAUUUAAAGACUUUAUAUUUAAGUCUUUAGAUAUUAAAAAAGAUUGAAGUCAUUCAAUUUCAUGAUUCACCAUUGCCACUGUCGGUUGCAUCAUCUUGAUAUUCGUCUUCAGAGUUUGCAUCCGAUUCGACAUCUAAGUCGUAGUCUUCGACGUAAAAAUCACUGUCCAUAGCGGCUGCUGAAGUCGAAGAACGAGCUGUUGAACUGACUUUACAGUAAUCUUCUAAUGUAAGCGGAACAACAACACCAUCUCGUUCAGCCUCUAAUCGGCCGCUAACAACUUGUUUUCUAAAAACAUUUCAAAUAUUUGGUAAUAUGAGAAGAAA